AUGAAUUUCUUUGGUCAUGACUAUCUAAGCGGAUUUCGACGCAUCGAUCAUAUAGGUUCAUAUCCCACAAAUACAUCGAUUUGGUCAGAACAGGAGCCACAAUUCUAUCUAAAGAAUACAUUUCUAUGGCAACGACGUAAGGGCUCCAGAGUUAGUACAAUAAAUGAUUGGCUCCAAAUACAAAUCGGUGGCCCUGAAAUUGUUAAAAAGAAAAAGCCACCGACGAAUCAAAAUCGGAUCAAAUCAACAAAAUAUACGCUUAUUACAUUUCUACCGCAAAAUCUAUUGGAACAAUUUCGUCGUAUAGCCAAUUUCUAUUUCCUUGUGAUGACAAUAAUAUCGCUUCUAAUUGACAGUCCCGUGUCGCCGAUGACCUCAUUAUUGCCAUUGGUUUUUGUGAUUGCUGUGACAGCCGCGAAACAGGGCUAUGAAGACAUUCUACGCUAUAGAACUGACAAUGUAGUGAAUUGCUCGCCAGUUACCAUAAUUAAAGAUGGCAAGGAGUGUAUAAUCAAAUCACAGAAUGUGGCACCCGGUGAUUUAGUGGUAGUGCAACGAGAUUGCGAUGUACCCUGCGAUUUGGUUUUAAUGCGUUCCACAGAUCCGCAUGGCAAAUGCUUCAUUACGACAGCCAAUUUGGAUGGAGAAUCGAAUCUGAAGACCUUAAUGGUGCCCCGAGAUUUGCCCAUGGUCGAUCUAAAGGAUAUGAAUAAGCUGGGCAUCAUUGAGUGUGAGACCCCCCGAACGGAUCUGUAUAGUUUUAAUGGCAAAAUCGAAUUGCAGGGUGCCGAGGGUAGAGUAUUGCCCCUGUCGGCCGAAAAUGUGCUGUUGCGCGGUUCGAGAGUGAAGAACACUGAAUGUGUGAUUGGCUGUGCCGUUUACACGGGAAUGACCACCAAAUUGCAGCUAAAUAGUCGACUCACCCGCGUUAAGACCUCAUCCAGUGAGACAUAUAUCAAUCGAUUUCUAAUAUUCAUUCUCAUCGCCCUUAUAGCUAUAGUGACAUUAUUGUAUUUCCUGAAACGUUACGAGGAACUAUAUGUGAUACCAAAGCUUACCUAUUUGGGGGAUGCUACGGAUAGCUAUAGUGUAAAGCAAUUCCUACAGGAUUACUUGUCAUUCCUGAUACUUUUCAAUUAUUUGAUACCGAUCUCACUCUAUGUGACUAUUGAGUUGCAGCGUGUCAUUGGUGGAUUUUUCAUGGAAUGGGAUGUGGAACUCUAUGAGAAGGAAACCGAUCAGCCGUGCGUUGUGAAUACCUCCAAUUUGAAUGAGGAAUUGGGCCAAAUAAAUAUACUCUUCUCCGAUAAAACGGGCACCCUAACCAAAAACGAGAUGAACUUUCAACAGUGUUCGAUAGCUGGUCACAAAUUUAACUAUAAACAGACUCGUCUCGAGGAUCAGGAAUCCCAUGCCUUGAUCGAUAUUAACAAGUUCAAUCUCGAUCAACGUGUCUUCUUUCAAGCCCUGGCCAUAUGCCAUACCGUUCAAGUGGCAUCUGGUUCGCUGGAGCAAGCCGAUGCUGAGGCCAUAAGCAAUAGUAAGAUUCCUUCUCCGACUGUGCUAGCCACCAAGACUGGGCCACCGGAAAUGUAUUCGAUAUGUGAUAUUACCGAGGAGAGUCACAAUUCUAGUCAACAGAGCGAACUGAAUGUCAGUCAAACGAUUGAAUCAUCUUUAUCAUCGCAUCCAAAUGGAACAAAUGCAACAGCCAAUUCAUCCGAUGUCAAUCCGCUUCUGGUAUCGGAUGAUGGCUAUACGGUUGAGCGACGCAAACGUCCAUUGGUGGUGAAGCGGAGUCCCAAUUUUGCCAGAGCAGCUGGCAAUCGUUUGCAGAUUGCUUCAGUUUCGGCCUCUAGCAAUCAGUUGGAGCAAUCGAAUGGCAAUGGCAUAUCGGUUCAAGGUGACACUGGUCCAAACUCACCAAAUGUGCGUCCAAUUUCCCUUCAGUUUCAACGUUCGACUUCAGAGCGAGAUUUGCCCCAGUAUGGCGAGUCGAACCUUAAUGCCAUGGGCCAUAGACGAGCUCAUUCGUAUGGAGCACCGAAUGCAUAUCUGACAAAUCCGAUAUCCUCAGCAACCAGUCCGCAGCCGAAUGCAGGCAGCAUUUUCCGUAGUUCCAGCACGAUAUCAAGAGAAUCGUAUGCGGCACCAACUUUUACGCGACAGCCAACCAUGUUGAUACGUGCCGAAUCGCAGCGUCGUAAGAACGAGAUACGAGAAGUUAUAUUUUCAUUAGACUAUCAGGCAUCUAGUCCCGAUGAGAAGGCCCUCGUGGAGGCCUGCGCCAACUUGGGCUUGGUUUACACCGGCGACGAUGAUGAAAUUCUACGAGUUCGCAUUGUACCACCGCAUUUGGACUACAAGCGACCCUUCACCAUUGGCAAGCCCAAGGAGGAGAGUUUCUAUCGUCUGCAUGUCCUUGAAUUCACAUCGGAUCGCAAGCGUAUGAGUGUUAUUGUACGUGACGAGGAUGGCAAAAAGUGGAUCUACACCAAGGGCGCCGAGAGCUAUGUCUUUCCCCUGUGUGCGAAUAGUUCGGAAACAAUGGUGGCCAAAACGGACAAUCAUAUUGGUGACUUUGCCCGUCUCGGCUUGCGUACAUUGGCCAUAGCCAGGCGGCAUAUUUCGGAAACUGAAUAUCAAGGAUUUGUCAAUGAAUUGGCUCACGCAAAUAGUUCACUCGAAAAUCGCAAACAAUUGAGCGAGGAAUGUUAUUCGAAAAUCGAAAGCAAUCUUGAUCUACUGGGAGCCACAGCUGUAGAGGAUGCCCUGCAGGACGAUGUAGCCGAUACAUUGGUCUCUCUCCAAGCGGCGGGCAUUAAAAUUUGGGUACUUACUGGCGAUAAGGUGGAAACAGCCUUGAAUAUUGCUCUGUCAUGCGGCCACAUACCGCCCGAUGCCAAGAAAUACUUUAUAAUCGACUGCAAGAGCCAUGACGAUAUGCUCAUCCAUUUGAAUACCCUCGAGCGUGAGAUAAUCUUUGGCAUUGGCCAAGAAUGUGCCCUCCUCAUCGAUGGCAAGAGUCUGGGCAUAGCCCUCAGCGAAACGCCCAAUGAGUUCCGAGACGUGGCCGUCAAAUGCACCGCGGUCCUGUGCUGCCGCCUCAGUCCGUUGCAAAAGAGCGAGGUGGUGGCUCUGAUCAAGUCAUCGGAGGAGAAUUACAACACAGCCUCCAUUGGGGAUGGGGCCAACGAUGUGUCCAUGAUCCAGGAGGCCCAUGUAGGCAUCGGUAUUAUGGGUCGUGAGGGCAGGCAGGCGGCGCGUUGUGCUGAUUUUGCGUUUGCCAAGUUCUGUAUGCUCAAGAGGCUGCUGCUAGUCCAUGGACAUUAUCAUAGCAUACGUCUUUGCUUUCUGGUCCUAUAUUUCUUCUACAAGAACAUUGUGUUCAUGGGCAUUAUGUUUCUGUUUCAAUUCCACACACUCUUCUCCUCAUCAUCUGUCUAUGAUUCACUCUUCCUAACCCUCUACAAUGUGGUCUAUACAUCGCUGCCAAUUCUAUUCAUAUCGCUGACUGAGAAACCCUACACGGAGGAAGUCCUAAUGCGAACUCCACAAUUGUAUAAGAAGAAUACGGAUAACAAGCAAUUACAUUGGCCAUAUUUUCUCAUGUGGACCCUAUUCGCUGUCUACCAUUCCGUCAUUAUAUUCUACUUUGCCUUCUGUGUAUUCUCAUUUAACAAUGUCAUACUGAAUGGUGGACAGACGGCGGCAUUCUCCUGCUUUGGUACCCUGCUCAUCUGGUGUGUGGUCAUUGUGGUGAAUCUUAAAUUGUGGCUCGAAUCGAUGUAUUUAUCGUAUUGGUAUAUUGUCACACUUGUGGGCUCAAUUCUGGCCUUCAUGGCCACUACGGUUAUCUACAAUGUUAUCAAUUUGGACUACGACACGGAUAUAUAUUGGGCAUACAACAACUUGUUGGCCUCCCUUCCCGUUUGGCUAUGGAUUCUGUUAACAAGUGUGGCUUGUCUGGUCCCUGAUUUCACAAUUCGCAUGCUAAUCAGGGCCCUGAAGAUAAAACAUUUCACCAUCUUUCCGGGAGCACAGCGAAAACGUCAACAUCGAAAAAAAUUCGAUGUUACCUAUUUGUAAAAGAAGAGACAAAAGUUAUUAGUUUAUAAAUAAUUUUUUUGUACUGCAUAUUUAUUUAUUUGUCCUAU